AUGACUCAGUCUUUGAAGGAGUUAAUGAAAGACUCAGAAGAAGAGUCUGCUCGCCAUCACCAAUAUCAUCAUCACCACAAUCAUGCAUCUACAUCCACCUAUGCCUCAGUAGUCAACUUUGCCUCAGUCAUCAACUCUGACCCAGUCAUCAACUCUGACCCAGUCAUCAACUCUGACCCAGUCAUCAACUCUGGCCCAGCCACCAAAGGCUUGACCACAAAAGCUGUUCAAUCUAGGAUCUCAAAGAAGAACGAAGAAUCGGAUGCUCAACAUCAUCAUGACAACAAUACCUCUACAACUGCUUCGACAGCGAGUAGUACAGUUAGAGGCAUUAAUCUGCCUCUUCCUUCACAUAAAAAGCAGAACUUGUUUACUUGCCAUCAUCACGUCCGGGGACAGCAACAAUAUGAAAACCAUCACUGUGACAAUGCAUUUGCAAUAGCAUCUACUUCUGCUUCAACUACCAACAGAUCGACUUUAAGAGGCGUCCAAUCCUCAACUUCCGAAGAAGUCAUCCUCGAUCCUGGGUCACAAGACGAGCAACUAGCAGGUGUUGGAAGCUGGGUGGAAGAGUACAACGAUAGUUAUGGUGGGAAAUAUCUAUAA